GGGUUCGUGCCACCAGGCCCUGGUCCAAUGACUGGAUAUGGUGGGCGCGCGCCCCGACCACUCGUCCCACGCCCCCCUUCCUCUUCCCGCGCGCCCCUGAGGGGGCACUGGGUUGGUGGGCGGGCAGGAGCGCACCUGGGUCCGUCCUCUCAGGGCUUGCUCGCUCAGGCACGCGUGCGCAGAAGGGCGGGAGAGGAGACGAGACGCGCUGGGGCCCAGUGCUGGCCGGACAGGCCCCCUCAGUCUGUCUCUAUGGGCGCGCGCCGACAGCCUCGCGCACCGGCCCCGGGGCCCCGGCUGAAGGUGCGCGCGCAGCACUCCGGGAAGGUGGGAGGGAGGCGGUGGCGGAAAGAUGCGCGCGCAAUCACCCGUCAGGGGAGGGGGAACUGCGGAGCGUCCGCCAUCUUGUCUCCCUCUCCUUACCUGCGUCCUCGGGGGCGUGUGCACCACCCCCCCUCCCGCCAAGGAGGGGGGAGGGCCCCCUCUUGGCCGCCGCCUUCACAGCCUUUAAAUUCCCUUGGGGACCGCGGCUAUUGCCACCGCUUGUUUCCACUGCCUCUUCUCACAGCACAGAGAUGCGGGCAGUGGGUUGGAAAAAAGGGAGACGCUACUCCCAGCGAACCGCCGCCGCCGCUCCCGAGGCCUCACCAAAAUGGCCGCCACCGUCUCGGCCGCCACCACCACCACAACCACCACUGCUCGCUAUCGCUACCGCCGGCGCGGCCCGUCGUCUCGCGAGAGACAGUAACUGGAGGUUGGGGAAACGAGAAGCCUCGCGUUCUAUUAGCGCAGGGCGCAGCCCGAUGCGCAAAGCAAGCUGGGAGAUGUAGUCCCCUCGAGGCUCCGCGUUGGCCGGCAUUCAGCCGAGCUUCUCAAGACGCGCUGCUGAAGCUUUUUGGGGCUGCAUUGCGGCUUCCAACUCCGACCACUGUCAUCUCCACUCACUUUUUUAAAAAACAGAUCCCCCAGUGAGAUACAGCAAGUUAGCGAAACUAAGUCCUCCUAACUUUUAUGGAAGCCUUCUUUUAACAGCUGUUCCUUAAAUGUCAGAAUAGUUUACCCAUAGCUCCCCAUAGCACCUAUGUCAUUUGUUCGCAAACUUUCUAGGUUAAGAACCCUUUGAAAAUCUGAUAACCUCACCCCGGAAUAGUACAAUAACAGCUACCUUCAAGUGAGGCUAUUUUGUCUCUUUUAAUAGCAAAUAAAAUCUUCAAACAGAUCUCCAUUUUACAAAUGAAUUGAGACUCAGAGGUUAACCACAGCGACAUAGCCCAAAGCCAACACUUGUAGCCAAACAUGGUCUCACAAAAUUUUACUACCUUGGGAGACCAGGUUAGGAAACCCUAAAAAAAAAUUCGACUCUUCCUUUUCAUACAGUUUAGCCCUUCCCUGCGAAAAAGAUAUUGUUGGUUCCUUUUACAGAUGUUUUAGUUGAAUAAAAAGUGAAUGAUA